CGAGGAUUCUGGAGAGUUUGUGAAACUCACAGCGACAGGACGAGUCAUGUCUCGGAGGAGUUCUCGCCUGUUGUCCGGUGGCUACUACAACUCAGACGAAGAGUCGGACUCCAGCAGCGUGACAAACAUAUCCUACCGUGAAAACCCUGUCAAGGUUUUCAAGAAGAAGGCAGGCAGCCGCAAGGCCAGCCCUCGUACCUCCAGCAGAGCCAAUAGCAAUACCAGUUCACCCAGUGUCGAGUCGCCCACCACUGCAGACCAGCGUGAUGGCCCGAGUCCUUCUCCCUCCAGCAGCCUGCCCCCGGUGAUCCUGAGGACGGAGCCCUACGUCUUCCCGGCAGCGACCCCUCGACCUGCCCUGACCCCGUCAUCAUCCCGGAGUCGGACCCCCACAUGCUGCCCCUCCGUGCCUCCGGAGAAGAGCCUGUACGCUGGACAUUACAGCUCCACCAGGCCAGGAUUACACCUGAGGCCCAACCACAAGGAGCCGAGUCAGAGCGCAGUGGACAGCUCGGGCUACUCGUCCUCCGAGGGUCUUUACAAGAAGACCCUCGGGACCCCCAGCAGCUCCGUUAGAACCAGUGAGGCUCCCACUCCUGGAUACAGGACCAGGAUCAGCAGUGCCUUCUUCAGUCUGAUGGACUCGGCCUCGUUGACGGCUGCUGCAGCUCAGUCCAAAGUCAAGGAUCUGACCGCUGGAGCAAACACUUGGUUCACCCCUCGCAGGAAGAAGGCUUGUGUUCAGUUUCUCCUCCUCCUCCUCCUUCUCCUCCUCCUGAUUCUGUGUCUUUGGUUCCUCUUCCCCUUGUUGACUUCUUUCAUCUCCCGCAUGAGUGUCACAAAGACCCCGUCACCGACUAAACCAGAGAGUAGACCUGUCAUCACUGCCACUCCUCCUCCUCUUCCUCCUCCUGCUCUUCCUCCUGCUGCUCCUCAACCCAGCACCAUGCCUCAUGCACCUGUGGUGGAUCCAGCUGUUGUUUCUGCUGCUGUAGAAGCCAAGAUGCAGAUUCUUUUGGCAGAGCUGCUGCUGAAGCAGGAGCAGCUUUUCUCCCAGAUGAAGGAGCGGAUGAAUCUGGACCUGCAGGGGAUCAAAGCCAGUCUCGACGCUGAGGACUCGGACACUCGGCUGCGUCUGAAGCAGGAAGUCGCCGGCCUGGACAGGAAGUUUGUGGAGUAUCAGACGGACAGUCGGUCUGCUGCCGUCGGCCUCAGCCUCCGGAUCCAAGCUGUGGAGGCUGAGAACUCCAAGCUCUCCCAGGAGUUGUCCUCCAUCCAGCUCACGCCUCCUCCAGCCCCUUGUCCUGAAACCCCCGCUGCCCCCGUCCAGGACCACCUGACCCCAGAGCUGCAGCAGGCCAUGGAGAGGUGGCUCACCGACCGCAUCAAGGAGCAGGACUUCCUCAGACUUGGGGACAAAGGAAGCGACGCAGACCUGGGACGUCCCAUGGCCGACAAAAUGGCCGACUUUGCCCUGGAAACUCAAGGAGCCAGCGUGAUCAGCACCAGGUGUUCGGAGACGUAUCGGAUCCGCUCGGCGUGUGUCACCCUGUUUGGUUUCCCUCUGUGGUAUCCGUCCGAAAGCCCACGCACCGUUAUUCAGGGUAACCCGGUGCUGCUCCCGGGGAAGUGUUGGGCGUUCCACGGCGUCCAGGGGCUUCUCGUCAUCUCUCUGUCUCACCCUGUGAGGAUCACCCAUGUGACCCUGGACCACCUCCCGCGCUGCAACUCCCCCACCGGCCGCAUCGACUCCGCGCCCAAAGACUUUGAAGUCUACGGAGCAAGAGACGAGACAGAGGAAGGAACUCUGUUGGGAACUUUCACCUACGAUGAGGAAGGAGAAUCCACGCAGACGUUUCAGCUGCUGGAGCCCAGUGAGGAGGUCUACAGGUCUGUGGAGCUGCGUGUCCUCAGUAACUGGGGUCACAUCGAGUACACGUGUCUCUACCGCUUCCGCGUGCACGGGAAGAUGGCGUCCACCACGUGAGACCGGCCGGCUGCAGCAUCGUGUCUUGUUAAAACAUAUCAGGAAGGACUUUUGAAAUGUGGCUUUUAGAACAUGAAAGUCAAAUCCAUGCUUAUGCUACUGAAACGUGUCUGAUGUUGAUGAAUGGAGCUUCUCUGAGUCGGCAGGUUUGCUGUGGUUUGAAACUGCUUAAUGUUGAAGUGACAAAUCACAGGAAGUUGUUUUUUUUUAUGCAAAAGUUGAAGCGCACACAAAUGUACAUAAUGACGUGUUGAUUAUAUUUCUAAAAACCAAAUAUCUACCUAAUAAAACCCUUGGGGGCCUUUUUGCUGUCAGACUUAUGAACGUGCCACAAAAUAAUGUUUUUUUAACUCUUGCUGUUAUUAAUUGUUAUUUAAUAGUGAUUAGAUAUUUCGUGCUUCACAAUCCCACCGGAGAAAAACGCAGUAAAAAACGUUUCUUUACAAAGUGCAGCAGCUGAAUGUUAAACAGUCCUCAGUGGUACGUUAACUAGCUUCUCCCCCAUUCGUGAAGAAGUGACUUGAAUA